AUGGCAGCUUUCAACCUCACCCUCUCUGACCCUUCAACAUUUAUUCUAACAGGCAUCCCUGGCCUGGAAGCCGCUCACAUCUGGAUUUCCAUCCCUUUCUGUAUGUUCUACUUUAUCAGCCUGUUGGGAAAUUUCAUGGUUUUGUUCGUUGUAAGCAAAGAGCAAAACCUGCACAAGCCGAUGUACCUGCUGCUCUGCAUGCUGGCGCUUACAGACAUUGGCAUGUCUACCUCUGUAGUGCCGAAGGCACUGUGUAUAUUUUGGUUCCAUUUGAAAGAUAUUACUGUGGGUGGCUGCCUCACCCAGUCGUUCUUCCUUCACACACUUUCUGCUAUGCAGUCAGCCGUCCUUGUGACAAUGGCCUUCGAUCGCUAUGUUGCCAUAUGUAACCCUCUGAGAUACGCCACCGUCCUCACCAAUGCACGGAUAGCUAAGCUAGGGUUCAUGGGUUUGACAAGAGCUGUUCUCAUCAUGCUGCCUGGGCCCCUGCUCCUGAGAAGGCUGCCAUUCUGUGCCAACCGCAUUAUUCCCCAUACAUACUGUGAACACAUAGCUGUGGCGAAGAUAUCAUGUGGGGAUAUCACAAUUAACAGGAUAUAUGGCUUGGUGUUAGGAUUUGUAGUCAUUGGGUUAGACCUGAUGCUCAUUGUCCUGUCCUACAGUCUGAUCAUCAGGGUCGUCCUCAGAAUCUCCUCCAAGAAAGCCCACCAGAAAGCCCUUAACACCUGCACAGCCCACAUCUGUGUGAUGCUGAUUUCUUAUACUUCCAUCCUCUUCACCGCUCUGACACACCGAUUUGGUCAGGGCAUCGCUCCCCAUGUUCACAUCACCUUGGCCAACCUCUAUUUCCUCCUUCCCCCCAUGCUCAAUCCUAUCAUUUAUGGAGUCAAAAACAAACAGCUUUGUGAUAUAGUGGGCAAAUACAUCUGGGUGAUCAUCUGGGGCCACUGA